AUGUCAGCUGGAGCUUCUUCCAGAAAAACCCUGGAACUGGAGAGCUUCCGCACGAGGUUCAGUGCCUGGACACCAUUUAGCAACAAGUCUUUAAAUAGACAGCUCUUUCAGGAAAGAGUUGCUCUUAUAAGUCAUUGGUUUGACCUCUGGACUAACAAGCAACGUCAAGAAUUCUUAUACACGAUACUUUUACGAUGCACUAAAUCACAAUUAAGGUUUUUCCACGACCACUUUUCAGAAAGGAUGCAAGUGACCAAAGUGGAUUUCUCUACAGUGUUACCACGCUUCAUUUCUCUCUAUAUCUUUUCCUUUCUGAAUCCGAAAGAUUUGUGUGCUGCUGCGCAAGUCAGCUGGCCCUGGAAGUUUUUAACUGAACAGGAUUGCUUAUGGAUGCCCAAGUGCGUCAGGUUUGGCUGGUUCCUGCCCUACACGCCAACGGAGCAUGAGUAUGGUGCUUGGAAGCACCAUUACAUUGCUUGCGUGUCCAACUUAGACUGGCUGACGCCUAGGGAAGCCGCUGCUCUUUAUGGGACCCUGAAUGAACCCAAAACAGAAGAUGAGGAGCUACAGGAGAGACAAAGGGAAAAGUGCCUAAGGAAAAUAAUUUGGGAGAAAAUUGCUCUGCAUAAGAAGGCGUUAUUCCGAGCCCGACCCCCGUGGGUGAGUGGAACAUGCUGCUCUAGAAUGUUCAAAUCCCAAUGCCAACCACGUCUGUCCCGGACUGUGAGGGAUCGAGUGGGAUUACCUGAAGCUUUGGAGAAACAGCUUGUUUUGGCAUCCUUAGAAGCUUUGCCCAAGCGAAGUAAUGUUUCUGGAAGACAUUCCUACCCUUUAUUAUCAAAGAAAAACUGGCAUGGAGUUUUUAAAAAUGAUGACAGCCCUUCACAUACUUCCCAGCCACACUUCAUAUUAAUAUCAUCUCAGAUUCCUGCGUAUGAGAUGGUGGUGGACAGCGUCAGGGCAGGUGUCCUCUCUGUGCUGUACGAACACAGCGGCGUGACCUUGGAGAGCCUGCUUUACCUCAUAGACAAAGCUCUGGGUGGGCAGAAGGCACAGAGUAUCGGAAUAUUUAGCAACGGAGACAGCAGAGAAAUCAAUUUACUCCAAGGCUAUAAAAUUGGUAUUAAAAAUUUAUUGAAGCCUGAGGUGAGAGACUUCUGGGAGAAACUGGGCAGCUAUGUGGCCCCCGCAGAGGAGGGGGGUCACGUGGACCUCUUUGUACCACUUGGAGCAUCAGAGGCAGGUGUAGAAGUUCUUUCUCAGCUGUCUCAACUAACUGGCACGUUAUUUACGGCCCCAACUGGGAUCGCAACGGGCUCUUACCAACGCAUUCUUAGUGACUGGCUGGGACCACAGCAGGACAGGGCUCCCCCGUCCAUCUACUUCAGCGAAUCAAAGCUGCACACGUGGUCCAGCCUCACGGACUUCCUGGAAGACACCUUGAAAUCAGUAAGGAAACAGUUAAGUCCUCUCUUCAAGGAGUUGCGGAAGAACAUCAGUGGCAGGAUGAUAGGACAGUUUAUGUUUGACACUAUGAGCAUGACCGACAUUCUAAACAACCAAGAGACUGCACAAGCUCUAGCAGAUGGAUUGACGGAGCUUUCAAAAGAAAAUUCUGACAAACCUCUGGAAUUUUUGUCACAUUUUCUGUUGAAGAGAUACAGUGAAAAGAGCAAAGAUUUUGAAGGAAAUGUUAUUCUGACAAAAUCUGACGCAAAGACAACAUUCAAUUUGUUCAUGAAGGAAAGACAUGUUUUCAAAGACAACCCUCAGGACACAGAAUCAAGUCUCAGCGAAAGUAAUCCACAUUUUGAAUUGCUGGUUCAGCUGGAGAGAAAGCUGCAGACGGACUGGGCCGCGAAGCGAGCUCGAGUGGCCGGGGAGCUCUUAGGAAGCGAGAGAAGAUACGUGCAGAUGCUGGAAAUUGUGAGAGACGUUUACGUAACACCACUGAAGGCAGCGUUGUCAUCAAACAGAGCGAUUCUGAGUGCUGCAAACAUCCAGAUCAUUUUCUCUGAUAUUCUGCGGAUUUUAAGUCUCAACAGGCAGUUUAUAGAUAACCUGAGAGACAGACUACAGGAACCAGGCCCGACUCACUGUUUGGGAGAAAUAUUCAUAAAGUUUGGAAGCCAGUUGAACACAUAUACCAAUUUCUUCAACAAUUACCCUGUUGUUCUGAAAACUAUUGAGAAGUGCAGAGAAACGAGACCAGCAUUCCGAGCUUUCCUGAAGAGGCACGAUAAGACCAUUGCUACCAAAAUGCUGAGCCUGCCGGAGCUGCUCCUGUACCCAUCCCGAAGGUUUGAAGAAUAUAUUCACCUUCUCUAUGCUCUGAGGCUUCACAUUCCUGCAGAGCACAUUGACCGUCAGGACUUAACCACUGCAAUUGACCAAAUCAGAAAAUAUAAAGGUUACAUAGACAAGAUGAAGCAAAACAUCAACAUGAAAGAUCAUCUGUCAGACAUACAGAGAAGCAUCUGGGGGUGCCCUACUCUAUCAGAAGUAAACAGAUAUCUGAUUAGGGUCCAAGAUGUAGCCCAACUUCACUGCUGUGAUGAGGAAAUAAGUUUCUCUUUAAGGCUCUAUGAACAUACUCGAGAUCUCAGUCUUUUCCUCUUCAACGAUGCACUGCUUGUUUCUAGUCGAGGCACAUCUCAUACGCCAUUUGAAAGGACUUCAAAAUCAACCUACCAGUUCAUUGCAUCUGUGGCUCUUCAUAGGUUACUUGUAGAAGAUAUUCCCGAUUCCAAAUAUAUCAAGAAUGCAUUUAUUCUUCAAGGUCCAAAGCAUGAAUGGAUUUGUGCCACAGAAGCGGAGGAUGACAAGUUCCUAUGGUUAUCAGUACUCCAAAAUGCAAUCAAAAGUACUAUGCAGAAGUGA